UACUGACAACAUUGAAACAUGAUCUUAGGCUUUAAUAAAUGAUAGGACUCCUGGCUCAUCAUGCAAGGUGCUGGUGCUGUUUGCCCUCUGAAGGACGAAACACAACGCAUCUGUGAAAAGCCAAAGAUAACACAGACAUUCUGUUCACAGUUAUUCCUUUUUUUUUACCUUCUGCCCUCUGGAUCCAGCUAUCUGGCCAUGAAUCAUGAAUAGUAAGUAGUGAUGAGUUGUGAGUGACAAUGGUAUUGUAGCAUUAUUUGUACGGUUGUCGAAGCAGGAUGUGGUCUCAUGUUUAGGUAGGCUAUUGUCUUGGAAACAUUGGAGCUACAGUUAAAGGUCCCUUUAGGUUUGUAGGAGAAUAAAAUGCCCUCUGAAUUUGGGACACAUUUUCCAACUUUUAGGCCAAUGGCUGUUGUGAAAUGGGAGUCAACUUUUGUUUGUUUGGGUUUUCUUUUGUUGCUUUGGAAAACUCUUCGGCCCUUAAGAUAACUUGGCCGAUCCAACAAAUACUAAAGACAUGGGAGGCUGACAGCUGUGUGUGUGUUUCUGCAGAGCCUGUAUGCAAUAACAAUAGUGCAUCUUCCGUCUAUCAAUGGUGUGUUAAUUUAUCCUACUUGAUGAUAUAAUCAACCUAAAUAAUAAUGUUGUAAUGUCUUUCUCAGCGACUACCUGUUCAAGCUGCUUCUUAUAGGAGACUCUGGUGUCGGCAAGUCUUGCCUGCUCUUGCGGUUUGCGGUAGGCAUUGUGUUAAAAUAGAAUACACACAAUCUUUGGUGUCCCAUAUGGCAGAGUCUAGAGUAAACAGAAAGCGAAGGCCAUUUCCUUUGUGGAAAGGAGACUGCAAAACAUCAUCCAACCCAGUAAUUAACCACUGUUUGAAGGUUUGUUCAGCCAUUCUCCCAUUGUAACUAAUAACACUGCUCAGCUGUCUACUCCUCAGGAUGACACCUACACAGAGAGCUACAUCAGCACAAUCGGGGUCGACUUUAAGAUCAGAACCAUUGAAAUGGAUGGGAAGACUGUCAAACUACAAAUUUGGGACACAGCUGGACAAGAGCGGUUCCGGACCAUCACAUCCAGCUACUACAGAGGAGCACAUGGGAUCAUCAUUGUGUAUGAUGUCACUGAUCAGGAGUCCUUUAACAACGUGAAGCAGUGGUUGGAGGAGAUUGACCGCUAUGCGUGUGAAAAUGUCUCCAAGUUGCUUGUGGGAAACAAGUGUGACUUGGUCUCUAAAAAGGUAGUGGACUAUGCCACUGGUCAAGAAUUUGCUUUGUCCCUAAAGAUUCCAUUCCUGGAGACCAGUGCGAAGAAUGCUGAUAAUGUAGAGAAAUCAUUUUUAACCAUGGCCUCUGAAAUACAGAACCGUGUUGGAAGUGAUGGUGUUCAGAGUGAGGCUGCUAAAGUGGGCAACAAGAUAAACAGUGCACCCCUUUGGCCCGGGGGGAAAGACAAGGCUACUGCAGGGGAGGGGAAUUCUUGUUGCUAAUGCCAUACACAAACUACAGCAUAAGAUAAUCAAUGAGUUUGGACACUAUCUUCUUUUACUUUUGUUUUGUUCAGAGAUGGUAAUUGAUCGUUGUGAGAACAGCUAUGCAAUAGUUAUGCGGUAGCCUGUUCCAUUAAUGCAGAGAAUAUGGCCCGCUGAAAGGCACCCUUUGAAUUAGUCUGGGUACCAGUCUAUGUAACAUUCCACUCCUUGUGUCAUAUGCCAAAGAGUCUUUGGCAUAUGACAUGGAGUACAAGGAGUGGAAUGUAAUAGCUGAACAGAGACAGCAACCAUGCUACCUUUGAAUGGCCUGGGUAUCGAACAUGUGAAACAACAGUUGAUCCAUGUGGGGAUCCAGGAUAGGUGAAUGUUUGCUUGAUGAUUUGAACUUGUAAGGUGAAUUUAGGGUGUCAUUUUAUCUCUAACAUUUGUGAAUAAUUUAUUAUUUUGGUUACCAUGGGUGGUCAACAACUUAUUUUUUCUUGUGUUAAACACUUUUUGAUUAACGUUUGUUGUUUAAUGAUGACAAUAAAUUAUACA